ACUAGGAAGACAUCUCUAUAAAUAGGGAUUCUUCUAACCUAGAUUGUUUUUUAGUAUUCUAUAUAUAAUACUUGUCCACCCAAGUAUUGAGAGAGUUUAAUUGUUGAUUGGGAUCACUGUAAAAGACUAUAGAGCUGGAGUUGGAUUUACUUCAAGAUAUCUGCACACGCUUCAAGAGAUUCAACAUGUCUCCUUUUAAUCCCAUUAGUACUAUUUUGGGUCAAAACAAACUAGAGGGUUCUAACUAUGUUGACUGGAGGAGAAAUCUUGACAUGGUGUUAACUGAUGAAGAAUAUAAGUUUGUGCUUCAUGAGGAAUGUCCAUUGAAACCAAAUGAUCAGUCUAGUGAUGAAGAUAAGUUAGCUUAUCAAAAAUGGCGCAAAGCUGAUGAGAUGGCGCGAUGUUACAUUAUGGCUUCAAUGUCAAAUGUUUUGCAAUAUCAACAUCAAGCCAUGUUGUUUGCUUUUCAAAAUCUGGAGAAUCUCAAACAAAUGUUUGGAGACCAGGGUCGAUCAGCUAAGCAGACUGCCAUGAGAACUUCCAUGAACACUAAGAUGGUUGAAGGCACCCCUGUAAGAGACCAUGUUCUGAAGAUGAUAGGUCUUUUGAAUGAACUAGAGGUUUUGGGGGCUGAAAUCGACAAUGACUCCCAAGUUGAGAUGAUAUUGCAGUCUCUGCCUGAUAGUUUUCAACAAUUUUGCCUAAAUUAUAAUAUGAAUAAGAUGAGUCUAUCUUUGGCACAAUUGUUGAAUGAGCUAUAGGCGGUAGAGACCCUUGUCAAAAAACAUGCACAAUCAAUGGCACUUAAUGUUGAGAAAGGUUCUACUUCUAAACCGCAAGGUGGACAGAAGAAGAAAAAGGCUCACAAAGCUAAGGCAAAUGCACCUCCAACUGGGGGAGUGAAAAAGUCUAAUGGUAACUGUUUUCAUUGCAAGAUGUCAGGUCAUUGGAAGACACAUUGUCCAAAUUUCUUAACCAAGAAGAAAAACAAACCAGGUAACUCACUUUCACUUGUCGUUGAAACAUUUAGCGGCUGUUUCUACCACUUCAUGGUGUGUAGAUUCAGGAGCCACUGAUCAUAUCUGCACUACUAUGCAGUGGUUUCAAGAAACGCGCAAGCUGAUUAGAGGUGAAGUUAGCAUUUUUCAAGCAGAUGGCUCUGCAGCUCCAGUUUUAGCAUUAGGAAAUAUUACUUUUUCGUUUGAUAGUGGUAGAGUUUUAAUUUUGAAAGACGUUCUAUCUGCACCUGCUGUUAGAAGAAAUUUGAUUUCAGUUUCUAAAGUUUUGAGAGAUGGUUAUGAUGUUAGUUUUUCUGAUAACGGUUGUGUUAUUAUUUAUGAUAAAUAUAUUGUCUCUGCUGGUA